GAUAUCAUGUGACAACUGUGGAUUAGUAGGUGUAUGUUCAAAAUGUUUUGCUCAACUCAUCACUGAGCGUGCAACUGUUUUGUUUUCCUUAAUCUAGUAUAGAUCAUAAGUACAGGUUAAUGGUGAUCCACCAUUAUGAUGAAUGCACAAGUAUGAUGAGAGCAAGGAUGAACAAGUGCCAGGUAAGACUCAGCUUCGUCAAUUGGCAUCGUUGCUGCCUUGCUGGGGAGCUCACGAUAGAGUUUCUUUGCACCUACCAGUGUCUGCACGGUGGCCGGCCUAUCAAGAAUGCAGCUGAUGUCAGACCCGAUUCCACCUUGACGUUUUCACUUGGUGGUCGAGCCUUCACCCUUUCCAUGUCUGAGAUCGGGCGUCUAACAUUCCUUAUUGAUGAUGCCAUUCAACAAGAACACAUCGCAUACUUGUCAGUGGAGGAGCAGCGCCUGAGAAUACUUAGCUUCGUGCUUUCUCAUGGUCUCUUUGGUCGUCCGACUAAUUCAAAUCGGAUCGACAUGAAAGACAUUUAUUUCUUCUGGAGUUUGGCAGAGAGGGUUCAGGUGAACCUAGCUGUCUUCAUGGCUCAGUUCUUCCUCCUUCAGGGGAAGAGCCAUAGGAAGACUCUUCAGGCAGUACCCUUUGUCACUUGUCUUGCACGUUCUCUUCUGCCCGAGAUGCUAGAUAAUCUGCUUCCCAUUGACCAGAGCAUUCGCCCUCUGAGCACCACAUCUCUCACAAAGAUGGGGAUUGCGAAGAGACGUCGAGUAGAGGAGACCGACAAGCCGCCACUAGAUUUCUUUGAUGGGCUUGAUACCACUGUCCAUUCUCCCAUUCCAGAUGCCACCACAGGGACGUUUGUGGCUAGGGGUUCUUCUUCUUUUGUUCAGCCUGGGACGUACACAGCUUCAUCGAGUGGCGUUGAUGCAUCCAUGCUACAGAAGAUCUUGGAAGAGAUGAUGAGACUGAACAAGAGGAUGGGCGCUCUCGAGACCAGCAUCCAGGAUGUGAAGGACAUCAUGGAGACUGACCAUAGCGCCCAUGAGAAGCAAAUGAAGAGGAUGAAUGAACGCCUGGAGUCCCACACGGAGAAGCUCCAUGAGCUCGAGAUGCUGCUCGGUAAGAAGUCUGUGCCUACAGCUCCUUCCUCUAGAGCCAGUCACCAGUAGUGGAUAUGUUUUUAAUUUCUGUUGAAUUUAAACAUUUUUAUUUUGACUUGGCCUAUUUCUUUGCUAUUCUAAUUUAUUUAUGCAAACUUUUAUAUGGUUAAUGCUUGCACUUUAUUGUUCAUUUCAAGUGUGAGGAGGAAUGUUACCCCUGUUAUUUGACUCAUCUCUUGCAUCCCGACUACGAGGACAUAGUUCGCUUUAAGUGUGAGG